AUGGCCUGCUCGCAAUCUCGGCCACCAGCGCCAACAACACCAGCGCCACCAAUAUCAACACCGCCACCAUCGAUGACCAGCUCCUCAGCUCGACCUGUACAGCUCGAUCAAUGGUCCAACACCAAAGCACCGCUCACUUCAUCUCAGCGAGCCUCGGUCAACGGUCUGGCGGAAUGGCUUCAUCGCAACUCGUCUGAUUUCAAACAGCAGCAAUCGCUUCCUUCACAAAGCCAGGCCAAGAGCAGCGAGCCAGCAACAGAAACAGAUCCUUCACCCGCGCUGAACGGUGCAGACAGCAAGGAGGCUCCGUUCGCAUCUAUCACACUACCAGACGCAUCAGCACCCCUCGUAUCAGCCCAAGGCUUCCUAGCAUGGUACACGCAACUCUCGCAUUCCCUCACCUCGUCCACCCAGACCUCUCACCGGCAAGCACUCGAACGCAUCUCCGAAGCAACUUCUACCGCAGAUGACCUCCUAGCCCAACUCGAAGCAUGUCAGGUCAAUCUAUCCCAGCUUCGUGCCGGUACCGCUUUCGUGCAAGACUCGUCGCGAGGCAUUCGCGAGCAGGCACAGGCGCUACUCGACUCACAGACCCAUCUCGACACUUUCGCCCAAGACAUCGCUUCGCGGCUCUCUUUCUUCACUCUGCUACCGUAUGCGACGAAUAUGCUUAGCUCGCCCGACUCCAGCAUCGUCUAUUCUCCCUCUUUUCUCGAGCUCAUGGAUCAGCUCGAUAUGGCGUUGCUCUUCUUGCACCAAGCACCGGCAAGGUCCUAUCGCGACGCAGCGCUUUAUAGAAUGCGAUACUCUCACUGCCUUACCAGAGCUGCGACAUUGGCCAAGAUGGCGGUCGUGAGGGAUAUCAAGUCUCAAGCAGAAAGCACUGCGCAGCGAGUAAAGCAGAUGCAGGCUCGUCCUGAGUCUGCAGUCGAUGCUAAAGCUGCUCCUGCUACUGCCAGUAGUCAUGUCAAAGGGAAGGGCCGAGAGGUUGAUUGUGGCGCUGCACAUGCAACUCGGUCCUCUCUUCUUGCAAAGGAUACUUGGGAUGCACUCUUCCUCGAUGCAGCGCAUCAGCUGACGAAAUUGCGCCCACUCAUCUUUGAGCUUCAGAAACGAGCUUGCACUCCAGCUUCUGCUUCCUCUUGGUCAAGUGUCUCUACGGCGGCAGCCGAGUUUGAAAGCUUGCUGCAGGAAUGCCAUACUGCAUGGUAUCAGUACCGGAGGCCGUCACUCUCUCGUGUUCUGCUGCAGAGGUUUACUGAGAUCGAGGCUCAGACAAUAGCAGCUGCGCAAUCGGGGGCAAAUGUUUCGCCGCCCAUUGUGGAGCUUGCCAGAGCGGCAACGGAAUUGCUCCGUCACCUUUUGGAGGGAGAGUAUCAGUUGUAUCGGCAGUUCUUUGGCGGCGAUGGCGCGGAGGAUGAGCAGAACAAGCUUGACGCUGGCCUCAAUGCCUAUCUUUCAGAGCUGGCAGAGACGGUGACAUCGAGAUUACGACCGAAGCUCGCCAAGCAAGAAGACCUGGUAGUGCUGGCACAGACAUGGUCUGCUAUUUCCGAUGCCGUUCACUCGAACGCAGCUGAUCCUGGUUGGUCGCAAAGCCUGCUCCCGCUGCUCAACGAGACGCAAUCCCGGCUAUCAGCAAGAGCGGAAAUCAUGAUCGCAAGCAAUAUCGCCCAAUUCACGCCUAAGGAGCAAGAUGGCCAUCUGGAAUUGCCGGAACGUCUUGGAGCUUACAAAUCUUGUUGUUCAACCUUCACAGCAGCUGGGGUAGCAGCAACCAAGCAUCGUCGAGGCAAAUCAGGAGCAGGCCUACUCGACGCAGCCCUAUCUGCAUCGCACGCCGCAUCCACCUCAAAAACUCAGCAAGAGAAAGUGCAACUCUUCAGACUCCCGCCGGAACUUGUUUCCACGUACUACCCGCCCGUGGGGUACAUGUUGGAGGUCUUGUUUCAUCUUCAGGCACGUGUGUCGGCGCCUGCUUUCAGGCGCAUGGCCGUUGCUGCCGUAGAGGCCUGUUUGAUGAGUGUGGGCAAAGGUUCACAGGCGUUGGUGAGGCGAAAGCAGGGUGGAGUGGAGAGGGAAGAUGGCUGGUUGUUUGAGCUAAGACAGUUGGAGAUUUUGAGAGAGGCCGUGGUUUCGGCUGAAUUGGUGCUCAAGCAACCUCACGAUGAGGCUUUGUCUAUAAACACUACCAAUCCUCGCGUUGGCCAUGUUGGACAGGGUAGUGGAGGUUCAGUUUCACUUGUAGACCUACCUUCCCUCGUCAACGCGAUCAAUUCUCUUUGGACCAACACUGGCAGGUUGCUCUAUCCCUCCUCCACUACCACCGACCGCACUUGUCCCGAUGCCAAGCCGACACAGGGUGGACAAUUGGACAUGAAUCCAACCACAACCACCAUCUCAGCCAAGCUCGCCGGACUCAUCGCCCAAAUCGCAGCUUUCUGGGCUGAUGCGAUCAUCUUGCCCCUCCGCGUAUACACUGAUCAGAACGCAGUAUUGGACGAAAGCGGUGCAAGGUGGAGAAGUACGUAUGAAGCAUUUGAGACGUGUAUUGAGAGUGUUGUGCCGGAGAAAGCAAAAAAGGGGGCGCUGUGGGUGGAGGAUGAGGAGGUGCAAAGGAUGCUAGUUGGUGCCGUGGUCGAUCGGGUUGGGGAAGUGUAUGGCAAGUUUUUGCAGGCUAGCCCCAAGGAAGCGGAUGCGGAGAGAGUGGGGGCUGUUGAGGAGAUGAGAGAGAGAGUUUGCGGUGAAUUUGCCAAGGUGCUUGCUCUGUAG